ACCUAAACCAAAAAUAGAUUUAAACCAAUCGCCGUUAAUGACGGAAGACGAGAUGGUGGAUCUGAUCGGAGGAGGAGAGAACUCUGUUGAUCUGAUAACUGUAGCUACCGCCGUACACUGGUUCGAUCUCCCGAGAUUCUACGCGAUUGCGAAUCGUCUUCUCCGUAAACCAGGAGGAAUCAUCGCCGUGUGGAGCUACAACACUGACAUGGUGGUGAGUCCCGAGUUCGACUCGGUGAUGACUCGGUUUAACGCUGAAACGAUACCGUAUUGUAAAUUUCCAGAGAGUCGGUAUUUUUUGGACGGAUAUAAAACGUUGCCGUUUCCGUUUGAGAGUGUGGGCUUGGGCUCUGAGGGAAAGCCCAUUGAGUUGGAGAUGAAGAAAACGGUGUCGUUUGAAGGAUUUUUGCGGAUGUUGAGAUCAUGGUCUGCCGUUGGUGCUGCUAAGGAGAAAGGAGUCGACUUGUUGUCCGACAAUGUAGUGAAAGAGCUUGAGACGGCUUGGGGUGGUUAUGAGCUGGUUCGAACCAUUGUUUACAAGACGUUUAUGCUCGCAGGAACCGUUCGUUAGAAACUAGCUUCUUCUUAAAUUUGUAACCAACUAGUUGAAACUUGAUGUCUUAAUGGUAUUUGAAACCUCAUGAAAUAACAAAAAUAGUAUAAACAU